GAUUGCACCCAGUGUCAUGUGCGUGCAUGUGUGUGCGUGUGUGUGUCAGUGUGUCGUAUGAAUUGUGGCGACCAAGUGCGCGAAUAAAAAUAAGUAAAUAAAUGCACAUUGCGACCGACGGUGCGUGUGUGCAGGCGCCAGAUGGUGCACUUGGAUGACCCCAACAGCGAGUGACCCCGCUCGAAACGCAUUCGAAGUUCGAAAUCCGAAAUACCAAAUUCCAAAAAAUCCAAAAUCUAGAGACAACAGCCGCAGCAGCAGCAGCGGCAGCGGCAACAACAAAACGGCGAUCGCUCGCACACACACGCACACACAGGUAGUAAUCCGAACGACAGCAGCGGAAUAACGGUAAAGCUAGCGCCCCCCAGACAGGAAGUGGUGAAUAAUUGAAUAUUCCAACGACGUACCGACGAAAUAAUGGCCACGGGCGGCGGUGGCAGCGGCCACGGGGGAGCGGGAUCCGCCGGAAAUGCUGACCACCACAAGCGCAACACCUUCACCAGCUAUGUGGCACCGCUACCCGGAGAUAUGCGCGCCACAGCGGACACGAACGAAUGGUGCCUGCCCAGCGUUUUAAGGGACGUCCAUCUGGCCAAGCCGCGCCUGCUGCAGGGCGAGCAGAUAGUGGCCUCGGCGCCAGCCUACAUGUACUCCCCGAUCGAUCCGAUGGAGAGCAGCGGAGGCAGUGGCUCCACGCUCAGCGCCACAUCGUCAGCGUCCGGUACGCCAGCGGAUCGUCAUCACAAAGAGGCCACCUUCGGACUGUUGAGUGUCACCAAUUUCAAGCUGGCCUUUGUGCCGCUGCAUGAGAAGCGCAAUCAGGCGAUCACAGCGCCACUGAUCGAUCUGUAUCAGGAGAACAUCUAUUUGGGCCGGAACGAGAUCACGCUGAACAACAUCGAUCAUAUCUAUACCAUUUCCGAGCUGGGACGGGCGGCCAGUGCGCUGCAGGCGGCGCGCGGCAUGGCCAGCCAUGCGGGCAUGAGCAGGCGCAAGAAACUGGAGCCCUUCAAGCAGCAGAACAUCAGCGGUCGCAUCGCCGCCCUGCACAUCGUGUGCAAGAACUUCCGCCUGCUGAAGUUCGCCUUCCAGCAGCAGGACUCGAAGAUGUUCGGUGCCAGUGAUCAGGGCAAACUGAUUGCCUCGGCCCUGGUGCGAUUCGCCUAUCCAAUGCGGCAUGACCUGAGCUUCGCCUAUGCGCACCGAGAGCCUUACUAUUCGACGCUGGGCGCAUCCGGCACCAGUAUGUAUGCGACGAAGAACGACUGGGCCAGGGAGCUGAUACGCUGCGGCGCCACCGAGUGGCAGGUGGUGAGCUGUGCCAGUGUCCAGCUGCUGCAGAAUCCCCUCCAGGCGGGCAAGUACACAGUGCCGCCGCAUUUCGUCAUACCGAAGAGCUGCAGCGUGGAUCGAUUCCUCGAUCUGUCGCGCGCCUUCUGCGAUUCACGAGCUGCCUUCUGGGUGUACAGCUAUGGGAGCAGCGCGGCCCUGGUCAGGUUAGCUGAACUGCAGCCGGCUGCGCAGCAGGACACCAAAUCGGAGAAUGUGAUGCUGGAGCUGGUGCGCAAGUGUGAUGCGGGGCGACAGCUGAAGCUGCUGCAGCUGACGGAUCGACUGCCGAGCAUUCAGGAUGUGCUGCGCGCCUACCAGAAGCUGAGGCGCUUGUGCACGCCGGAAACGCCGGAGAAGUUUAUGCUGCAGGAUGACAAGUACCUGGGACUACUCGAAAAGACCAACUGGCUGUUCUAUGUGUCGUUGUGCCUACGCUAUGCUAGUGAAGCGGCUGCCACGCUGCGCAGCGGCGUAACCUGUGUCCUCCAGGAGUCGAAUGGCCGUGAUCUCUGCUGUGUGAUUAGCAGUCUGGCGCAGCUAUUGCUCGAUCCGCAUUUCCGUUCGAUCGAUGGCUUCCAGUCCCUCGUGCAGAAGGAGUGGGUGGCCCUGGAGCACCCGUUUCAGCGCCGCCUGGGUCACGUCUAUCCCGCACAGCCAGCCGGCGGCAAUGCCGAGCUAUUCGACAGCGAACAGAGCCCAGUGUUCCUGCUCUUCCUCGACUGCGUGUGGCAGCUGCUGCAGCAGUUCCCCGACGAGUUCGAGUUCACGCAGACGUACCUGACCACGCUGUGGGAUGCGUGCUUCGUGCCCAUCUUCGAUACCUUCCAGUUCGACACGCAGGCCCAGCGCCUGAAGGCGGUGACCGACUCGCAGCUGGUCCUGCGUCCCGUUUGGGAUUGGGGCGAGCAGUUCUCGGACAAGGACAAGAUGUUCUUCAGCAACCCGCUGUACCAGCGCCAAAGGGGCGAUCUUGGCGCCCAGGCGGCUGCCGUGGCGCAUCGCCGAUCCCUGGCGGUGGGGCAUAAGGGAGCGCAUGGCGGCGCUAGUGGUGUCACACCCUCGCGCAACACCAUCAAUCCGCAGCUCUUCGCGACCGCAUCGUCAGUGCCGCAGGAUCGUUACCUGCAGCCGGCCCAUCGCAUCUUCGAUCUGCAGGUGUGGGAUCAGUGCUACUACCGCUGGCUGCCCAUUCUGGACAUACGCGGCGGCGGCCAGCCGCAGGUGGAUCUCUUCCAUCGCCUGCUGCUGAGCAAUAUAGCGAAGGUACAGCGCUGCCUGGAUUAUCAGAACUUUGACGAUCUGCCCGAUGCGUUUUACGAGUUCGCCGGCGAAUCGCGUCCCAAUCAGCUCAAGGACGAGAAGCCCGACAAGGAGGACGAGGCCGAGUUCGUGGACGGUGUGGAGCGGCGCAGGAAGCCGACGGCGAAGGCCGCCACGCCCACCAGCGGACUCACAUCGGUCACCGGCAAGCUGCAGCUAUCGACGCUCUCGUCGUUCUUUCCAUUCGGGAAUCCCAUCGCCGGGGAUGCGCCGCUCCAGCUGUACGACAUCCUGAGCAGCAGCAGCGAGCUGCUGAUGGAGACCUCAUCCUUCCUGGACAAGUCGUCCAUUGUCUGAUCCACACACAAACCGGACACACCACCACACACACACUCGUUCCACUUGUUUAUUCAAAACGCUGAACUUUCGAAGUAUUACACAAAAAACAGAAUAAAUUUGAGAAAAAAAGAAACACACACACACAGAGAGGAAAUUCCCUCACAUAUACAUGGCAUAUCGCUUUUAACACCUUUGAUUAUUGUUAACUAAUAAGCAAGUUAUUGUAUAAGUUUUUUUUAUUUCGUUUUACUACCACCAAACUGCAUUGCAUCGCUGCAUUAUAAACUUAAACGUAACAUUGACUAAAUAAUACGAGUAACAAACGUAACGACAAGCAAUUGAUGAAAAA